AGGAUUACGAUCUAUAACUAUUGUGGGUACACUAUCUCUUUCUCUCAUUCAUUACUCACACAUCACCAUUAUUUCACAUAUGACAUACCCCUUUCUCAAUCUCUGAUCCCUAUAAAUAUUUAUACCUUUCUUUCUUCACUCCUCAGUGCUCAAUUUCUCCUCUUCUCUUUGGCUCUUUAAUUUGAGGGUUAGGGUUAGGGUUUUUUCUAUCUUUUUCCUCUUUUUUGCAUGAUGAGGUGACUAUAUAUGAUGUGAUGAUAAAGAAGAAGAAAGAAGAUCUAAUGAUCCGAUCCUACAGUCACUGUUUGCCGAUGCAGCACCAUCAAGAUUCACAAGCCUUUUAGAGCUGCUGAUGAGUGGUGGUGAUUCAAGUUUCCACCUUUUUGUGGUCCCUAAUUUUUCCUUCAUCAUCACUGCAAUAGCUCUAAUUUGAACAUGGGAAUCUUGAUGAUGCUGCAGCGGCAAUAAAUGGCUAAAAUUACUUACACCCUUUUCGAAACUCUGCAAAUACAGGGAAGUAAUCUAUUCCACCGUCCAAGCUUCGUCCGAGGAAGGUGAACUCAUUAAAAUAAUUUCAACAAAUGCCGAUUUCUUCCCCCCACCCCCUCCCUUUUUUUUUUUGUUAGUAAAUUGUUAACUAAAUGCCGACUUUUAUUUGAAUAAUCUCAAAUUUAUCGAUUCUGAAGCUGUAGUUUACCAUUUUUUGUACUAAUUAUCGUGUUUAACUGUUGGUGUGAUUAGGGGUUUAAUGUUUGGAUGACUAAGAAAUAGUAAUGAUCCAUGUGGCAACACAGUGUGAUCUGCAGUGGGAGAUUUUAUUCUGUGUGGUGAUGGAUUUUAGUGCAGACUUUCCUCAGAUGCUUCACAUUUUAAUUUCUUCCUCUUUUUCUUCUUGUUCUUCCACUAGAUCUCACCAAUCUUCACCGUGAUUAUGUGCUAGUUUUUUCAGAUCUGUAAUAAACAGGCUUUUUCUCUGGAAAACGAUUCUUAAAUAUAAUCAUUUUGUUAUUUAGUACACCAAAUUAUAAUGUCGUUUCCAUUGUCUUCUCAAAUCUGCCAAAUCUCUUCGAAAAUUUUCACCAAGCAUUCAUCUCUGUUUUGAGUUUAUUUCCUAGAUCAGAAGUUUGGGAAAUGUUUUAGGGUUUUUUUUUUUUUUGGGGGGGGGGGGGGGGGGGGGGGGGGAGGGCGGUUCUACUUAUGAAGGCAAUAUAUAUAAUUUGCAGUUUUUGUGUAAAAUCUGAGAAGAUGGGAUAAAAGAAUAUUGUUUUUUGUCAUAGGAUUUUUGGCAUGUUUGGCGAGUGGGAAAGCUGUCUGUCAUUGUAGCCGGAAUUAGCUGCUAGUACUCAUUAUGGUCGCUGUUAAAAAAACAAGUACUCAUUAUGGUCAGUCCAAUGGAUUGAUUUGCUUGCUUUUGUAUCUUUUUCUACCAGCAAAAUAAAUUCAUUCACAGUGAAUGCAAAGGUUUCAACCUCUUACAUUCUCAAACUUGGCAACCGAGAGAAGAAAAAAAUAGCAAACAACCGCGGCAGAAAACACCUGAUACAGGCAUACAGCACAUUGAGUCAUAGGUCAACCCAAAACAGAGCAGGCUAAGUAUCUAUUUGCUUUGUGUAUGUUUGAUCUGUUUUUAUGUACAUAUAUGCUAAGUCAAUCGGCUGCCUGACCAAAGUAACUUCACAUUUCCUAGAGAAGAUUUGAGUUUUGGAUGGAGCUCAGCUUUUUCAUGCUUGAUUUGCUUUUCUAUUUUAUUUUAUAUUCUUUAAAUCUUCAUUCUUUUGCAAUUUCUUAUAUGUGCAUUUUUUUGUUUCUUUUAUAUGUGUGUUUAACUUGCAGAUUAAUCAUUUUAAUUCUAAGGCAUCUUAAUUGGUGAUGAGUAACUGGAAAAUUAAAGAGUUUCAGUCUUU